AUGUCGCAUGAAUCUCAGCUGCGAGCACAGAAUAUCGUCCUUAAACGUGCCUUGCUUGACCACCAGCAGCAGCAGAUUCAGCUAAACGAUAGGAUUCUUCAACUUGAGAACUUACAGAAGGCACACCAACUGAAUGGAUCCCUCGCUGAGCGCAAGAACACCUAUGGAGACCAAUUAAAAAGAAUGUCUUUGCUUGCUUCUAUUUUCUGGACGGAGCCACUAUCCAUGGCAUUCUGUAAGCAAAUGUACUUGGACGCACUCCAAACCUCUGACUUGGGCAUCAAGCUUUGUCAAAAAGAAUUAAAGUGCGAGAGCCUAUUGUUUUCGCUCUUCAGCUAUGUUGAUGCUAUUGCUACAGCAUUGAAACUUCAAGGAUAUCCAUUAAAAUCAGCUACACCAGAUUGUGUCGAUUUUAUGAAUUUGACAACUUGUAUGAAGAUCAGAACCAUUCGUCUCUGUUUUGCAAAAGCCAACGAAUGCAAUGCUACUAGAAUUAGGCAACAAGGUUUGAGCCAUGCAAUUCACCUUGUUACUUACGAUAUCAACAUUAUUCUAGACAGCCUCGAAAGCAAUAUUCAAUUGCAAGAGACUCAACUCUCAAAGUGUAUUGCAGAACGAGUAGAGUUUCGAUCGCUAAAUCUGCUUGCACAACUUCAUCGCAAGAUCAACUGCAAGUACUCGCUACCUGCUGUAUAA